UUAUUUCUACCAUAAAUAAAGGGUCUGAAAGCUAACUGAAGGCCCAAUUGCCAAAGCACUUCGUAGUUUCAGAACUCGUUUUGUACAGUAAUAUGGAUUCGGUAAAGUGUGACUGAGUCUAAUAUUCAAUUAGAUUGUAAGGAGCUUUUGGAAGUAUUAUAUGUUAUUUCUAUUACAAGUAUAUUGUGUAAUUUUGGCAAAUACUGACGCAAAAUUCCGUAACUUUGGAUUUUUUCUUCUCUAAGAUGGUUCCAGUAUUUGACAACAUCCCUUCCUUUCACAAGUAUCCUACAGGGAUCUAAUCUUUCCCCUACCCUUUUUCGUCCUUUUUAUCAGUCACCUUCCCCAUUCUCUUUCACUCUAAUGGUGAUGAUAGUAUCCACAUAUUUGGACUCUUUUUAUCUUCACCUUCUCUUAGAAACUCGUUCUAUCCCGUUUUGUCACGCAUGAAACCUCACUUUCUGAAGACCUGAGAGUUAUCACAAUUCAAAGCUUCCGAGACAUUUCCUUCCCAGUCUUCUGCCUAAUUUUCUUUCAGAUUUAAGAGGAAUCACUGAGCAUGUUGCCAUUCAACUUCCGAUUUCUCAAUAAGAUGACUUAGUAAUUCUUGGUAACAUCAGCUGUUAUGGAAAGCACUUACUGUCGGUGGGUGUCUUUUUCCACUUAUUCUGACUAGCCUGCAACCUCUCUCAUUUCCAGUGAAGGACCUGCCAUCGGCUGAACCAAUGUUUCGUAAACUUUAUGCAGCCUGAACAUAUUGUUUUCUUUAAAAUACCUGUGGUACGUUCAUUAUUCAAAACUUAUUCCUCUUUUAGAGCCUCACUGAAGAUACAACCCUUAGAAGCACCCUUACCUUCUCUGCGUCGCGACCAUGGCUUUGGUAAUCUCUAACUGCGAGAAAAAGGGUUCAUUGAAACUAAAAUUUCCAUAUUUCUUUCUCUCAAUUUGGUCACUUGUUUUUGAAGACUUGAGCUGAUGAGAUCCAGGGUCCAUAGGCGUAACGAUUCGGAAAAUGCGCUGGGUGUUGAAUGAUCUAUCCCGGGAAGGAAAAAAUAACUAUUGGAUAUGUGGUAUUCAUUAAUAAUUCCCGUGGAGACUUUUAUUACGUCUAUUUAUACAGACUCAUAGUCUAGUCGAAAGUCAUAUCUCCCUUUUUUAUCUCUUUUUAAGGAUCGCAUUUUUCUUUUCUUUUUUUCAGGAACAAAUGUUUGCUCCAGAGUAUUACUUCUCUGUUGGCAAACCUGGGCCGAUAAUUAUUACCAGGAUUUUUGCAUCGUUGCGCAUGGUAUUUUUGAUCCCAUGCAGGAAGUGGUGGAAACAGCCAUAACGCUUUCCCUAGUUUCCAUUUCUUCUUUUUCCUAAUAAAUAUUUACAUCCCAUAUAUGUAUAUGUGUGUUGGUGGUCAUAUACGCAAGUGCGUGCGCGUGUACGUGUGUGUGAACAUAUGCACGGCUCAUACGUUGACCUUCAGUGUAGCAUGUGAGUCACCGUAAGAAAAACGCAGUUGCAACUCCUCAGUUUUCCUCCGCCACUGUAUGGAGUCGCUUGCAGACGCACCGCAGAACGUAUUUUCAACACACAGACAUACAGACCGGCAAGCAGACAGACAGGCAGACAAAUAGACCGAAAGAUGGAUAGAGAGAUAAGAAAAUAAAAUAUCAGUCAUUUUCCUAGAUCGCCAACAUGAAACAGCUGUCGCUAUUGUUAAUGCUGACGACGAUCGUUAUCACGGAAGCAGAAGCCAUGAAUAAAUGCCAAGAUCUGUUUAAGUCAGUGGAGAACGUAAAUACCGCGCGGUACAGGGAAUAUUGCAUCGAAAAAUACAACCUUCCCAUGACAGUUGGUGAAGGAGCAGACGACAAUGUGUUUAUCCGUGGGUAUUGGAGGUUAAAUGCAGAUCAGAAGAAAGCGUUAACUUUGUGCGUUUUCCGUGAAGAAGGGUUUCUAACGGCUGACAAUCAGUUCAGUGCCACAGCUGUGAAGGCACAGGUGACAGAGGGUCUGCGGCGAGUCGAAAAGUCCCCGGAGAGAGACGCCGUGACAACCGCCAUUUCAACAGAUGCGUGUCGUUUACAAGAUGGCGACCCGAACCUGAUGGACACCCUCAAGUUCAUGAUAUGCUUGAAGGCAGCCUGUUCAACAGCAGUGACUUCCCCAUCUGACGUAGAAUUACUUCCUUUAUGAGUAUUUGACGUGAGAUACUGCUGAUAGUCUGUGUAAUUUACUUCUCUUUUAGUAUGUAAGAUUUUUUUUUAUUCGUUGGUUAUUCUUGAUUAUUUUAAACAUUAACUACAUUUUCUACGAUUUUUGUUAUCAUACAUCAUCCUAAUUACAUACAAACAACACUUUUACGUAUAGCAUUUUACAUUUUAAACUCAGUGAUCCACAACUUCGUGUUAGAUAUGAAAUAAAAAAAUGAAAAGAUAA